AUGGAGGAGAUGGCCAAGAUGUUGGAGAGCUACACUGGCGGCUUGCAGCAAUCAUUCGAGUCAGUCUUUGAGCGUGUUGGACAGAGUUUAUUACAAAGUACCCAAAUGAUGCGUAUGAUGAAUGAAGUGAUGGAGUCUGCUAUGCUACAGAAUCUAUUCAUCUCCUCGAGCUAUGAUGUUCAUGGUGGUUUACUUAUUGUAGUGGAGAAUUGUUCAUCCAUUAUGUUAAAGCAGACGAGAAUCAGUGCACAAUUGCACAACUCUAAGACGAGUUUCUUUACUAUAAAUCUUGAUUUGCUCGAUGCAAAGCAGCAAGUGCAGUUUCAAGCGUCGAUCCAGGACGUUAGUGGUCCUAUUACAGGCUUUAUUGAGCUAGAAUGCAUUAGUCCUGGGACACAACAGACACUCACGAAACGUUCGUUGUUUCAUGUCUUGUACCUUGAGCAAGGAAAGUUUCAGGCUGUAAUGACUGGAGAAGAAGGAGCUACUCCUAGUGUCGAUGAAGUUGCGGUAGUAUCCGAUAAAAUUCCAUUGACACGAGUGAGAAAACUCUUGGAUCUGAGUCCAAUUCAAGGCAUCUUAACAGAUAAUCAUGGAAGGUAUCGAUUUGAACCAGCAGGACUUCAGUCAAAGAACGAGAUGGUGGUUUAUGUAUCGGUGAAAGAGAGUGAGAAGGGUGACUUGGUUAUUGUAUCUGCGGCUGGUAAUGUCAGUACGACUGACGAGCGCCAGCAUCGUUGCCAGCAGAUAAUCAAUGAGAUGGAGAACGUAACAAACUAG